UUGCUAUGGGAACGGCUUGGGCCGGCGGCGGAGCCGGGAGGCGGAGGGGCUGGGUACAACCGUGCCAACGCGGGCUCUGAGGGCUCCGCCGCCGGCCUCGGGGCUGGGGGAGGCCGGGCAUUUGUGAUGUAAGGCCAUUAAAGUGAGGCUGAAGAGCAUGGUGACUGAGAGGUGGUGGCAGGGAGACUGUGCAAAGUAAGCAAUGGAGUCAGACAUAAGUGGGAACGAACAUUUUAAAAGCCAGUUUAAAGCUCUUCAGGUACAACAGCAAAGAAGACUACAGAAUCUAAUGGAGAGGAAGAAGGAAAAGCAGAACAGUCAGAAGGGUAACAAUGGCAAUGGAAAGGAGACUUUCAACAUCCCAACUGAUCUAAACUUGUUUGAAACAGAACAACCUGUAAUUGAAGAUGACAGCAAAAGAUUGCUUGAGGUUGAGCAUGAACAACUCCAGGAUCAGCUUCGAGAGGUCCGAGAUGAGAACUGCAGGCUGUACAAACUGGUGACAGAAAAAGAUUUUGAAAUAAAGCAACUGCAGAAAAAAAUACAGGAGGAUCGAUUGGCUUUGUCAGGGACGUCUGGUUUAGCAGGGGAUGUUGCAGCUACUAAAAUAGUUGAACUGGCCAAAAAGAACCGGGAGAUAAUUGCCGAGACUGAGAGUGAAAAAGCCAAAGUAAAGCAACUGAAUAACAAAGUUAAAGAGCUGGAGAGAGAACUACAGACAGCUGUGGAAAAAAUACAUUCUCUUGGUGGCAGUGAUGCAGGAAUCAAGCAAUCAGCUCUGAAGAAGACGGAAGAAAACUUGGCUGAAAGUCCAGAGGUGAAAGCAUUGCAAGAAAAAUUAACUACAGCCAACUUCAAAGUGCUGGAGUAUCGUAACCAGCUGCAAUCUGCAAAGCAGGAACUGAAGAUGACCCAAAAGCUCUUAGCAAAUGAAGUUGGUGAGGAUGUGAAUAUCCAAAGUCUCUUGACCAAUUCUGGCAGCUGGCGUGGACGAGCCCAGCAAAUUCUUGUUCUCCAAAGCAAGGUUAGAGAGCUGGAGAAUCAGUUGGGUCAAAACAAGAGCAGAACAUUACUGAGUGAAAUGGAUGAGGAGCUGCUGGCUCUUACCGACCUGAGGAAGUUGUCAGCCCAAGAGAAGAACUUGCUGAAAAUUCGCAGUUUGGAAAAAGAAAGGAAAGAAGCCUUGGAGAAACUCACUGUGGAACAUGAUGCUCUCAAAACAAAUCAUGAGGAAGUGAAAAAAAACCUCGAUGCAACAAAAGCCAGGAACAAAGUGCUGUGCAGCGAAGUGAAAACCUUGAAGGGACAGAUCAUAACCCUGCUGGAGAAAGGAAAACACGAUGAUGAGCUCAUAGAUGCCUUACUGAGCCAGCAGAAACAAAUGCAGGAAAUCUUAAAGCACCUGAGCCAGCAGGAUGAAAAGAACAAAGAAUCCCAGCAGCUGCUAGGACAGCACUUGAACAAUGAGGCUCAGAGACAAAAUUGCCUUGUAGAGCAGCUCAGGCAGAUGGUGGCUGAACGAGAAGCAAAGGUUAAAGAGCUGGAAGAGGAGACUGGGCAACUCGCACUUCAGAAGAAAUCUGCCCAUCAAGGGGACAAUUCAGGAGCUGUUUUUACACCACCCUGUGCACACUCAGAAGAUCUACGUUUUUCUGGGCUUAAGCCCCUGACAUCAGCCAGUGAUCAGGUUGGAAGGACUGCAUCUGCUCGCACAGUGUCCAAGAUGGGCCAUAUGCUUAUAGAAUCAGCAGCUACCAAACCUUCCCUUCUCAGUAGCAACAUCACACCUGGAAGGCUUGCUGGCAUCGACAGCCUGGAUUUCAAAGUGCUGCAAAUGCAGAUCACAGAGCACAAGGCCCUGUGCCAGGCUGCAGAAGUGGAGAGAGACAGGCUCCUGGAACUGGUCGCUGUGCUGCAGAAAAGGAUAGAGGAAGGCAGUGAUAAAGUCUUGGAAGCAGAGAAGAGACUUCAGGAAGAGCGGCGACGAUGUGUCAUUUUGGAGCAGCAGCUUGAAAAACUACAAAUGGAUCCAGGGAGGCUCACAAGUACACAGAAACCUCCCCUGAGGAGCAAAACAGGUCAGUCUGCUGGUCAGUCAAGGCUGUCCUUGAACAUGAGUGAUAGGAAGGAGCUCUCUGCAGCCCAGCUGUCCAAGCUGUCUCUGGAAUCACAGAUAGAGGAGCUCAGUACAAGGCUUGUGAUCCAGCUGGAUGAGAAUGAAGCUCUGAAGGCUGCUUUGGAGACUACUGUGAGAAAGAAAGAGGAAGACUUUAAGCUGUACCAAGACACAAUGGACCAAGUGAAGGAUAUCUUUCUACAGGCCAUUCGGCAGCAGAAACAAGAGACGAGUUAAGCAAGAUAAUCAGAGCCCUCUGAACUGCAAAGAAAGGAGAGAGGCCAGGAGUUGUGCCCAUGGAUUGAAACGCACUGGAAGUGUAGUUUUGCAUGUCAUGUCUUCAGCUUUUGCAGGAGAGGAGGAGAGAUGGAGACGGAAUAGAAAAAGACUGAAGAUUUUG